UCACAACUUCACUCUCUCCAAAUGUCUGGCAAUCUCUUGAAGUUGAUAUCUAGAUAUCAUCCUAUUGAAGAUCCUCACCCGAAUUCGGAAAAUUCAACAGCAGAGAAACCUAUGAAGGUGCUGGAUCUGGAUUUAGGUAACGGAAGUCAGGUUCUACAGAUUCCGCGAUUCAUUUCAUACCAACAUUCCUGCAACUAUUUCGAUUAUCUCGAUCAAAACAUCCCUUGGACCCGACCUACCAUCCGCGUUUUUUCCCGCUCACAUGUCCAGCCGAGAGAUACGUGCUACGUUGCAGGUGAAGGAUUGCCGCAGCUAGUUUAUAGCGGAUAUCAUCCUCAUGCUUAUUCAUGGGAUGAAUUUCCACCACUCAAGGAAAUUUUGGAUAUGGUUCAUAAAGCUCUUCCUGGAAGCAGUUUCAAUAGCUUACUGCUAAAUAGGUACAAAGGGGGCAAUGAUUAUGUUGGUUGGCAUGCUGACGACGAGAAGCUUUAUGGGCCAACUCCUCAAAUUGCUUCGGUUUCAUUUGGAUGUGAGCGCGAUUUUCUCUUGAAGAGGAAAGCAAGUAAAGGCGCUCCAGUUAAGUCCGCUGAAAGAAGUGAGGGGGAACCCCCUAGUAAGAGAGCAAAGAAGCUCAAUAACAGUGACCAGCAUGCUUUCAUAUUAAAGCAUGGGUCUCUUCUCGUAAUGAGUGGCUUCACGCAAAGGGACUGGCUCCACUCAGUGCCCAAACGUGUGAAAGCAGAUUCCACACGGAUUAAUCUCACCUUCAGACGCAUUGUAUGACAAAUUGCACAGCUAUCAGAGGUCUUUGGAGGAUGCUAGUUGAUCUUGAUCUGAUGUGGAAAUAAUUGGCGUUUCAACUCCUUAAAUUUCUGUUAUGACUAGUAAAUAACUUAAUUCACCAGUACUUUGCAUAUGCUGAGGAAGUUUUUUGGCUCAGUAUCAUGACAAAAUGUAGAUCUGUGGCCUCUUUUUGAGUAUUAUGGGAAUCUUGGUUUGUUAAGCCCGGUGCCAUGCUAUACAUUGCUAUGGAAUCUGACAUGAUGCUCAUCAGUCGCUUUGCAUACGAGUGAUUUUUCUUUUUAUGAGAAUGUAUCCAAGAUACAGAGGCCUAGGAAGUUGCAUGCAGGAGCAUGGACAACGGAGAAACUACUGGUUGCUUUGCGGUGGAAGCCAGUGAUGUUUUACAUGUGAUGUUGAUGAAUGACUAGUGACUAGUGAGCUAGAGUUGCUUUCACCAUCAGAUAAAGGCUAAAAAAUGCCCGUGUCCCAUGGAUCUGAAUGCACUGUAAAUUCAUCAAGGGCGAUGUUUUCUUCGUCAAUAGAUUAUAGUGUUGCUGUUUGUCCUAGUAUUUUGUACUUAUAUUCUUUCUCGCAUAGUAUCAUCGGAUGUGAUAGCACGCACUGCGCGUUUUUUAUCCUUUGGUUGGGUUUAUAGUUUACAUUUGUUCUUUAUUAACUUGUGUAGUUCUACAGGCAUUUUUAGUGAGACAGAAUCUUAAAUUAGUUA